AUCGAAUUCUGAUACAAGCAAUAAACGUGUGAGCAGAGACCUACAGUGUUGUUUAAGAAUGUCGUGGUAAAUAAUCUACUAACUAAUAUAUAUUUUCAAAAUCUGAAAAUACUGCGGUAAACAAUACGAGACAUUUUAUCGUUUCUCUAGAUGUGGGAUAUCUCAUAAAAAAAUGUGCAUUUUUGCAUUAUUUCUACAUUUUUUAUCAGUGCUACGAGACAAAAUCAAAGUCUUUUACGUAACUGAUAGAAAAAUAUUAAUGACAUAAGUGUGGAGAAAGCGAAAACUAAUCAAACACACAUUGCGGACAUCGAUACUGAAACGCAAAGCUUCGCAAAUUUAACGGCAAAUAUGAACUUACGUCAAUCGUCAUGCGAGUGAAAUUUGCGCAAUAAAUUGAUAAGAUUUUUUUAUCUCUGCUACUAUUCAUAAUACUCUCUAUUCGUUACUGCACCAAUCAAUCUGUAAAGAGGAAUCAAUUGGAAACUGCGCUGCUAGUCACACAGUUAACGGUAUUCUUCGUAUUCAAUCAGACAACUUAUGGCAAGAUGAAAAAAUAGUGUUAACUUUGUAUAAAGCAGUAAAUAAGUAAGUAACAGACAAAUUAUCACAAUGAACGAGAUUAGCAGACAGCAAAGUAAUGGAAAAUCUCAACAAUUCCUUGUUGCAAUCAUCAUGAACCUGCUAACAGUAUCCGGUGGCAUAAGUUGCGGUUGGCCAUCCCCCGUAAUACCGAAGUUACGUUCAAGUGAUUCGCCAGCAGUCGGCGACGCGCCGAUGAACGACGAGCAAAUCUCAUGGAUCAGCAGCUUACUACCGAUCGGCAGUUUGCUAAUCACCCCAUUCUGCGGCAUUCUCAGCGAACCUCUUGGUCGUAAAUGGUUUACCUACUUGGCUGCAAUAUCACACAUCGCAUCUUGGUUACUAAUAAUGUUAGCACAAAAUCACUUCUGUCUGUACAUAGCGAGGUUGUUUACCGGUGUAAGCAUUGCAAUGACAAUAUUUAUCUUGCCAAUGUACGUCAGUGAGAUUGCUUGUGAGGAUAUUCGUGGUGCUCUUGGUGGUCUCAUGAUGUUCUCGGGUAAUUUAGGUGUACUCAUCGCCUACGUCGCUGGUGCACACUUAUCGUAUCGACUUUUCACCGGUUUAUCGCUCGCCUUUCCUCUGCUGUUCCUCGUGGCUUUUGCUCCGAUGCCCGAGAGCCCAACUUUCCUCAUGCGGAGGAAUCGACAUCUGGAAGCCUACAAAUCACUGAUGUUUCUCAGAGGCAACAAUAAGACUCUCGUAGAACCAUUAUUCAAUAGACUCAUGACACAGACAAAAAUCUCGGACAGUGCAUCAAAAACCAUUUUUCCCGAGUACUUUAACGACCGAGCUACUCGUAUGGGUCUAAUCAUUUCUUUCGUGUUACUCGGCGGUCAACAGCUCAGCGGGAUUCUGGCUAUGUUGAGCUACGCUGAAACGAUAUUCCAGCGUACGGGCUCGUUAAUCUCAUCGCAAACGGCACCGAUGAUAAUCGGAGUUAUUCAGAUAUUUGCCUCGUAUGUCUCAACGAUGUUGAUGGAUCGCACAGGUCGUCGACGGUUAACUCUCAUCUCGUGUUUUGGCAUGGUGAUGAGCCACUUGCUCUUCGGACUGUUUUUCAACCUGCAACGACACGACUACGACUUGAGUUCAAUCUCUUGGCUACCGCUCGUCGCGCUUUCGACUUACAUAGCGUUCUACUGCUUGGGUGUCGGUCCCGUGCCGUUCGUCUUCACCUCCGAAGUGUUUCGGUUUGACGUCAGUAGUUCUGCGACAACUUUGUGUUACGUUUUUUAUUGGACCGUAUCGUCCGUUGCAGUUAAGACUUUUGGAUUGGCGAUGGAUGUGCUUGGCAUAGAUGUGUGUUUCUUUGUGCUUGCGAGCUUUUGCGCCGUUUGCUUGAUCCUGUCGUAUUGUCUAAUGCCUGAAACUAAAGGCAGAACCCGCGAGGAUAUCGUUGACGAACUUGGUAAACAUCGUCGUGAUGAAAUCGAAUGUUGAAAAAUACAAUGCCUGACGACGACGAGAAGCUGAACAGUUUUGGAAAAUUAUUUUGUCAGACAAUUACCAAAGAAAGCGAAAACAACGUUCUCCAACGAAGCAAAAGUUUUUUAAAACGUAGAAAAAUCGUAUCACGUUGACCGUCAAAGUUUUUUGAACCAAUCUUCUUUUACGUACAUUUAUUAUGUUUUUAUAGUUAAUAUUUGUUCUUCAAAUUGCUCUUCCUUAUCGCUCUAACCAGUGCUCGGUACCUGUGCCACAGUAAGGUCAAUGAUAUUUGUUUUUUCCGAAUUGUUAUAAAAAAUAAAAAAUAACAUAUUCAAUUGCUUAAAUGUACUUUAAAAA